ACGCUUCAGAAGCUGCCGUUAAGGCGUGACUGCUGUUUUAAAAAUGUUGCUUGUUGGUAUUUUGAUAUUUUUUGUAAACAUAUGCUAUUUCGUUGUUGCUCAACGUAGCCCUACUAUAUCAUAUAUAUCCCAGGAGAAAGUUGUGAAUAUUGGUGAUACCGUUGAACUGGAUUGUUCUGUACAAUAUGCUGAGGAUUAUUCUGUGGUUUGGUUAAAAACAAAUCCGAAUAUCCCUUCGGAUCAGCUGUUUAUAUCAUCAGGAACACAUCAAAUUGUCCCGGGAAAUAGAUACUCUGUUCGAUUUGAUGAUGGCACAGGAACAUAUACUUUAGCAAUAAGUAAACUACAAGAGAUUGAUGCUGGGCUUUAUGAGUGUCAAAUCAUAACAGGACCUGCUAGCAAAUUGAAAGCCAAUGUUUGGGUUUAUGUCCGAUUGCCUCCUGUUAUAUCAGAUAACAGUACUAGGUCUGUCAUUACCAGUUCUGGUUCUACAGUAGAACUGAAUUGUUAUGCGUCAGGAUAUCCACCUCCAAGAAUAUCAUGGCGAAGAGAAAAUAAUGAAUUAUUGCCCACUGGAGGUUCUGUCUACAUUGGUAGCAAAUUUACAAUUUUCAAUAUUACCAAGGAUGAUAGAGGUACCUACUACUGUGUAGCUGACAAUGGAGUUGGUAGUGGUAGUCGUAGAAACAUUGGGGUAGAAGUUGAAUUCCGUCCAUUUGUAACCAUUGAGCGACCUCGUUAUGGCCAAGCCCUUCAAUAUGAUCAAAUUCUUGAAUGCCAUGUUGAGGCCUUCCCUUCUCCAUCUAUUAUGUGGGUAAAAGAUGGUAUACAAUUGAAUGAUAAUCAACAUUAUCAGAUCUCCAUUUUUCCAACAGCUCAAGAAUUUACAGAUACUACACUUCGUAUCAUUACUGCUGAAAAAAGGCAGUAUGGGUUCUACACUUGUAAAGCCAUAAAUAAAUUAGGUUCACAUGAGAAAGUUAUUGAGUUUUUUGAAACCCCAAACGUGAUUUGUCCACCGGCUUGUGGUGUUGAUCUCUACAGAUCCGAUGCAUCAGUCACUAAGCCUUGGCAUCUGUAUUUCAUUUUGAUGUCGUUAGUUACAGCAGUUAGUGUAUUCUUGUAGUCACAAAUUGAAAUCUUCAUGAUCAUCCAGCCAACUUAUUACAAACGUUUGGACCAAAGGAAAUUUUGAAAUGGAUUUGUAUAUUUUUUAUGUUUAAUGUAACACUGUACCAACAGAAUCUCUUUUAUAGAUAUAAAUCAUCACUCAGGUGUUCAAGUGCAUUAUUUAGAGCUAUAUUAUUGAUCAAUAGUUUUUGUACAUUUUUAAGAAUAUUUUGAGGUUUCCAGAAGUGUAAUAGUUAAAUGGUUGGAUUUUUUUCAUCAUUAUUUAUUGUUAUGUAAUGAUGUGUGUGCGUGUACUUAGAGUAGAUAAAAGUCAUCUAUUAACACAGUUUUAAGAUUUCUGGUACUUUUUAAAAACUUUUAUAUUUGUUGGGUUGUUUUUUAUUUAUAUGUUAUACUUUUUACUCGAUUUUGAUGAAACUACGUGCAGUAUUUUAGUACUUCCUUUUUUUAAAUUUAUUUUAGUUAAAAAUUACUUUAUAUAAAGACAUGAAAGGAUUGAGUUCACAAACUUUCUAGGAUAUUGAUAUAUAUAUAAUAAGAAUUUUUACUAAGUGUUUACGUAAUUAUUGCAAUGAUAGCAGUUCAGGAUAAAAUUGAGCAUUAUUAUCUUGAAUGAUGACAAUCUAUGUGGUUAAAUCUAAUUAUAUCAGUGGUUCUCAAACUUUUUAAAAAAAUUCUUUGUGUCCUUGCUGUAUCCAGAUAUUUCUGAACAACAUUAUUUCUGCUCGUACUUUGUGCCAGAUGGUCAAUAAUUUUUAACAUUAGGAAUAUUUUAAGUUACCAAAAGUUACUGAAAUUUUUUGAAUAAUUAAGUUUUGAUCGUUAAUUAUUAUAUUAAUAAUGGACAAGCUAUUUUUAUUUCUUAUAGGUUUUGACACUAUAUUUUGAUUUUAUAACAGCAGUUGGCAAAAACCUAACUUCCCUUAAAUAAAAAGUUGUAAAUAAAGUCAAAAUUCGCUGAGCAAUUUCGUAUAUCUUUUUUCCACUUAAUUGUGUGUAUAAUUGAAGAAUUAGAAUAGGCUACAAAUCUCCAUUAGCCAUUUAUAUUUGUUCUCAGCCUCUGUUUGUAAAAAUUUCUAUCCUGAGGAAUAUUGGAAAUCUAACAAUUGAACAAACUAUUAUGAGAGUGGUACUUAUAUAUAUGAAAUACAAAGUAUGUAUUGUCUAUUGGAGCUUGUGCUAACCACUUGCUUAUUAAUUCUACUCAGAUGUUGCAAGCUAUGAAAUUCAAUUUAAAAUAUAAUUAAUGAAAUUAAAUAAUGUUUCUUAAUAUCCCUGUGAGGAAAUUGGUUAAAUGGGAUUUAAAGACCCAGUUUUGGGAACCGCUGAAUUAAGUUUUUAGAUUUACUUGUGUCUGAUAUGUAAUGCUUCCAAUUUAAAAACUUCCUACAAUUUUGUUACGAUUUGCCAAACUUAUUUUAUAUUAGAUGACGAAAACUUUAGAUAGUUUUUGAGGCAAGUUAUAUCAAUAAACUUUAUUGUUGCUAGGCAGAUUUGUACUUAUAAGAGGUAGUUAUUUCAUAUUUCUGGUAGAAGUAGUUCUUAAAUCUGGAAUUUUAAGGGAUAGGGAAUCAUAUUCAUACUUAUUUAAUGCAAAUCAUUUCAAUUUUUGCAUGAAAAAAUAUAUAUUCGAAGAAGUAUUUUACUAAUUAAUGUUUAAUUAAACCCUUCUUAAUUGACUUUAAUCAACAUAAAGCAUUGUCUUUGAAAUCAAAUGUUUUUAACUACAUUUUCUCGAUUUUUAUUUUGUGAUAAACUGAUGUUUUUAAUAUUUAAAACUUUUAUCCUUUUCUCUUAAAUGAAUUCGUUUUUUGAUCCUUCAUUGUGCAGUUCAGGUAAUGCAAUAAAUUUAUAAGAAAUUAAAUAUUCUUGCAGCUAUUUGUGCACAUAUUUGUUAAUAAUUUUCUGGCAUCAGAAAAUUUUCUUUUAAUGUUGUUUUGGAUUACUAUAAUUGUUUCCAUUUACCCAUUUUUUAAAAAUUUUGUUGAAGGGUAUGUGUACUUAAAUUUUUUUUGUUAUUUUGCUAUUCAAUUAAGUCAAUGUGCAAUUAAUUAUUGGUUAUUGCAGUUAUGUUUCUGUUUGGUUUUUAUUUGAAAUCAGUAAAAUGUUUGUUGAUUUCAUUAAUAAUAAUUGCUGAAUUAUGCAAUUAUUUAUAUUUUAUCAAAUAUACAGAAAUUUGAUAAUAGAAUCAAAAAGGUAAUAAAUGCCUUUUAUUGGCAUCCUGCAAAUUAGAAUAAUUUAUUUUUAAUUUAUAAAUUGAUGUAUUCAAUUUUUAGAUAUUUCUGGUUAUUUACUGUUGUGUCCUGUAUUUUUUAUAACAUUCCAUUUUACUCUGAUUUUGAGAAAAUGUAGUAAAAAGAUUUAAUUGGAUAGUAAACAAAUGAUUUUUUUUUUUUUUUUUUUUUUUUUUUCCUUUUAAAUCAGCAGGAACAUCAUGAAUCUUAUGUACUUGAUCUUCGUGUAAUUAUACACUUUCUUCUCAUUAGCCUGCUUUAUUUUAAUUUUGUAAAAAUUGGUAGCCUUUUGCUCUUUUAGCAAGUACAAUGACUAAAUAUUUAUUCUUAGAUUAAAAUAAUGUAUUUGAUUAAUGAAUCUAGAUAGAGCAUUUUGCAGUUACACAAAUGAACUUUUUUGUUUUAUACGCUCAAGUGCAUUUAUUUUUUUAAAAAAUUAUUGUAUUUAAGAUGGCAGUGCAGUUUUAAGGCCUUUUUUGUUUGUAAAUGUUAUGUAUUUUUAUGUGUAUUUUAUGAAUGUAUAUAAAUAUUUGUGUAAGUGGAUUUUUUUUUUUUUUAGUUUUGGCUGAAAUGAGUUGCAGUAUUUAGUACUUUCUUUUCUCUUGUCAUUGUUCUGUUAUUAUCAAGAUGAAUUUAUAUUUAAUUUUAUGAGUAUUUUUUUUACCUUAAGAAGUUUUUUUGAUUAACCUUAGGGAAUGGGAUUUUAAUAUCCUUAUUUUAUGUUCGCUUUAUCUACUUUUGUAGGGAUUUGUAUUAAAAAUCUGUGAAAAAUAGUAAAUAUGACCUAAUAUUUUUUUAAUGCAUUUGAUCUGAUUUUUAUUUUAAAUAUAAAUGUUAUAUUAUUAAUGCAGUGUAUAACAAUCAGGAAUUUUAGUGCAAUAUAUAAAAUUAUUAUAUGGGGUUGUUAAAAUCAAAAAUGAAGUUCCUGAAAAAAAUUUAAUAUAUUCAUAAAAACAAUUAAUAUAAUUUAUUUUGCUAUUUAUAAUACAGGUGUCGUAGAAAUAAUCUGUUUGAUUAUAUUUUAUAUAGGUAUCUAUUCUUUUAUAUGUUUUCAUAUAUUAUCAUUAUUAUAUACAUCUCGCAUUUUUUUUUUAAAUGAUAAAUUUCUUUGAAAUUCCAAAAAAGAAGAAAAAAUAAUAAUGAUCGAUAGUGAAGAAAAUGUAGUAUUCCUAAAUAUUUAUGGGUAUACUUUUUGUAAACUUGAUGGUGCAUACUUCUGAAAAUGCUUCUUAUCUACAGCUAUAUUCUUAGUACAAAUAUAAAGAAUUUAAUUUGAAACAUUCCUUCUAUUCAUAUACACGAUUUAUUAUUUCUCGUAAAUUAUAAAAUUAUUCUUAUGAAUGAACAUUUACUUUUUUUAAUGAAAUGUUCCUUUCAAUACUGAUGAUUCGUAGCUUAAAACAACUGCAGUGUGAAAGACGAAACUAUAACAUUUUAUAUGCUCAUGUUAGCCGUCCAAGUCUUUUCACUGUUGUUUCUUGUCUUUAAUGCUGGAAUAUUUUAUAUAUGAAAAGAUAUAUUUGCUAUCACAUACACUUUUGUACAUCUUUUUUUUUCCAGUCUUGUAUAUAUAUAAUUAAAUAUGUGCACAUGAUUAGAGACAAUUUGCUGAGUUCUUUAUUUUAUUCAUAUGAUUUCUUUAUCUAAGCAUAAUUUAAUAACUUUUACUGUAAAAUGUUUUAAUAUAUUUUUAAUUGUGAUUUUUCAAAUCUUAUGGUUUAAAGUUCUUAUCAUUAUAAUACUGAAAAUGUUCUUUCUUUAGAAAAUUUUUAUUUUUAUUUAAGAUCUUUAUAAUAUUUAUUUAUUGUUAAGUCAUUAAUUCAGAAUUUUGUACUUUAAUGCACAUAAACAUGAUUGAUCUUUGUAGCAGUUUGAAAAAUCACUUCUAGAAUUGCUCAAAUAAUGUGAUAGAUUAAGAAUCUCAUUGCACUGCAGUCAUUUAAACUUUUAGGAUGAUUCAUUUUAUAUGAAAGUGCCAGAUUGGCCUUGAAAAUUAUAAAACUGGAUCAAGCACGCACUGAAAUGUAUUCUUUUCACCAUGUAUUUUGAAUGUGUUCUUGAUCAGAAAUGUUUGUAAUUUUUUUUUCGUAUAGAAAAAUAAAAAUUUUGUACUAUUUA